GGCAAGAUCAAGAGAAAGAGAGAAGGGCAAGACCAGGAAGGAACCAGCCAUGCCUAUUCUAGUGACAGUCAGUAAGUGGUGGCCAAGCCAGCUAAGAACCAGACAACCCGGGGAAUGAGGAAGGUCGACCAGCAGGCCAAAGCUCCAGUGAAGAGGGACUCCCAUCUGAAGUUAAUGGAAGGUGAAAGGGGUUCUGACAAUAUGCCCUCCAAGUGGGGGAGACCAGGCUUUCCUUCGGCGGCUGAGGGAAUUCUCCAAGUUGGUGCCCAACCGGAAUCUCCAGAGUCUGAUUCCCGUUAGAAGGACAAGAGGCAGUAGGGACGGGAAUUUCCAUUCCCAAACCAGGAUCCAAGGAGCCCACAGCACCCUUGUGAAGUAGACUCAAACCAUGAAUUACGUGGGGCAGUUGGCGGGCCAGGUGUUCGUCACCGUGAAGGAACUCUACAAGGGGCUGAAUCCUGCCACCCUGUCCGGAUGCAUUGAUAUCAUCGUCGUCCGCCAGCCCAACGGGAGCCUCCAGUGCUCGCCCUUCCACGUGCGCUUUGGGAAGAUGGGGGUCCUGCGCUCCCGAGAGAAAGUGGUUGACAUAGAGAUCAACGGGGAGUCCGUGGAUUUGCACAUGAAAUUGGGAGAUAACGGAGAAGCAUUUUUUGUUCAAGAGACUGAUAAUGAUCAGGAGGUGAUCCCCAUGUACCUGGCCACCUCCCCUAUCCUGUCGGAGGGAGCCUCGCGCAUGGAGUGUCAGCUGAAAAGGAACUCUGUAGACAGGAUCAGAAGCCUGGACCCCAGCGCGUCCAACCAGGCCUUACCUCCCAGCGAGGCCGCUUCGAGCAGCUCUUUAGUGAAGAAGAGAAGGAAAAGGAGGAGAAAGUCCCAGCUGGACACCCUGAAAAGAGAUGACAACAUGAACACAUCUGAGGACGAGGACAUGUUUCCCAUAGAGAUGAGCUCAGAUGACCAGGCUGACCCCCUGGACGGUAGCAGAACUCUUCCUAAUGAUAUACCUGUAUUCCAAGAAGAUGUUUCUAAGGAAAGCCCUUCCCCCAUCAUGACUUACCCUCAGUCAGCAUCGUACCCUAAUUCUGAUAGAGAGUGGUCACCCAGCGCCAGCCCGAUAGAUUGCCAAAGGACUGCCCCCCGCCUGGCAGUUGCGGCCGAGGGAGGCCUCUCUAGCUCUUGCCCUCCACAGUCUUCCCACUUCCAUGCUUCGGAAAGUCCUUCAGGUUCUCGACCUUCAACACCUAAAAGCGAUUCAGAAUUGGUCAAUAAGGCCACCGACAGGGCGAUGCAGAAGAGUAACCUAGAGAUGCUCUGGCUUUGGGGAGAAUUACCGCAAGCGGCAAAGUUAUCUCCGCACAAGAUGAAAGACUGCAGCCCAUUAAACAGUAGAAAAAUCUGUGAUAAGAUACACUUUCAGGCCAUCCAGAGCGAGUCUUCGGAUGCGUUUAGUGACCAGUCGCCAACCCUGGCCAGGCCCCCCGUGCUGCCCGUUCCGGAGCCGGGCAAGCCUCCCACGGAGAUGCAGUUUGCGAAUGAAGAAGAUGUUGAGGCCUUGGGGGCGGCAGCUCCACCUCUGCCUACGAUCGAAGAACCUAAACCCCUCUCUGCCAGCGUAGCCCCGACAGCAAGCAAGAUGGAUUCUCCUUCCAGGAAAAAAGACAAACGAAGCAGGCAUCUGGGGGCUGAUGGCGUCUACUUGGAUGACCUCACAGAUAUGGACCCUGAAAUGGCUGCCCUGUAUUUUCCCAAAAACGGGGAUCCUUCCGGCCUCGCCAAACACACCAGCGACAACGGAGCCCGGUCAGCCAACCAGUCCCCGCAGUCCGUGGGCAGCUCUGGCAUCGACAGCGGCGUGGAGAGCACCUCGGACAGCCUGAGGGACCUGCCGUCCAUCGCCAUCUCCCUGUGCGGGGGCCUCAGCGACAACCGGGAGAUAACCAAAGAUGCAUUUCUGGAACAAGCCGUGUCGUAUCAACAGUUUGUGGACAACCCGGCUCUCAUCGAUGACCCCAAUCUCGUGGUGAAGAUCGGGAAUAAAUAUUAUAACUGGACGACAGCGGCGCCCUUGCUCCUGGCAAUGCAGGCCUUCCAGAAACCUUUGCCAAAGGCCACUGUGGAAUCUAUCAUGAGGGAUAAGAUGCCCAGAAAGGGAGGAAGAUGGUGGUUUUCAUGGAGAGGAAGAAAUACCACAAUCAAAGAGGAAAGCAAGCCGGAGCAGGGCUUGGCUGGGAAGAGCCACAGCACCGGGGAGCAGCCGUCGGCGCUCGGCAUGGCCACCAGAAUAAAGCACGAAUCGUCCUCCAGUGAUGAAGAGCACACAACUGCCAAGCCAUCAAGCACGAGCCACCUCCCUCUGUUGUCCAAUGUCAGCUAUAGGAAGACCCUGCGGCUCACUUCCGAGCAGCUGAAAAGCUUGAAGUUGAAGAAUGGCCCCAAUGACGUGGUGUUCAGUGUGACCACCCAGUACCAAGGCACGUGUCGCUGCGAGGGCACCAUCUACCUGUGGAACUGGGACGACAAAGUCAUCAUCUCAGACAUCGAUGGGACCAUCACCAGAUCUGAUACUCUUGGCCACAUUCUGCCCACCCUGGGCAAGGAUUGGACCCACCAGGGCAUCGCUAAGCUGUACCAUAAAGUGAGCCAAAACGGCUAUAAGUUUCUCUACUGUUCUGCGCGGGCCAUUGGGAUGGCGGACAUGACGAGGGGCUACCUGCACUGGGUCAACGAGAGGGGCACGGUGCUGCCUCAGGGGCCCCUGCUGCUGAGCCCAAGCAGUCUCUUUUCGGCCUUGCACAGAGAAGUGAUUGAGAAGAAGCCAGAGAAGUUCAAAGUCCAGUGUUUGACAGACAUCAAAAACCUGUUUUUUCCAAAUACAGAACCCUUUUAUGCUGCUUUUGGAAACCGACCGGCUGAUGUGUAUUCAUAUAAGCAAGUAGGAGUGUCUUUGAACAGAAUAUUUACCGUCAAUCCCAAAGGAGAGCUCGUACAGGAACACGCAAAGACCAACAUCUCCUCGUACGUGAGACUCUGCGAAGUGGUUGACCACGUUUUCCCAUUGCUGAAAAGAAGCCACUCUUCGGACUUCCCCUGCUCAGACACUUUCAGUAACUUUACCUUCUGGAGAGAGCCCCCGCCCCCUUUUGAAAACCAGGAUAUUCAUUCUUCCUCAGCCUAAGAUGUUGCCAGCAGCCUCCUGACGUCAUGUGAAGACCGGCGCCCCCGAUUAAAGGAUAGGCCUUGGGAGCCAUGGAGCAGGAGCUCAGUAGCCUGGUGUGCGGUCAUUUGCUUAAGAGCAAAAGAAUCUAAGGGGCAUUUCUCUCCCUGCCCCAUGCCCCGGGGUGGACAUUUCUAAGUGGGGUGUGAGUGAUGCACUUUAGAGGCCGUGGGUGCGUGGAGGGCGGGAAGGAAUCCCUCGGUGGCGGCUGCAAGCCAGUCGCCGCGCUGCCCUGCCCGUCCCCUCUCGCAGUUCCUGCUGGUUCCUGUGCCGAGGUGGCUGCUGGGGGUUCCCUGCCGAUGACCGUUCUGCUGAGGCACCCCCGAUGCAUGGGACAUGGCCGAGGGGGGCCCGUUUCCACCUGCAGCGGGGUGUGCCACCUGUGCCUGCGUGGCGGGAAGGCUGGGGGUCUCGAGACCUGCCACUGCGGGGUCUCCCCCAUCACUGUACAGGCUCGACCUGGGGGUGUCUCCCAGCAGUCUUUGCCGGCAGGGCUGAUGGGUAGCCCAUAAAUUCUUUAAUUCCUUGGUUGAAAGAUAGCCUAGAUAGUUGGUAUACUUCCCCCCCAUUUUUGUGGCCCAAGGCUGGACUAUUUAUGCCUUAAUGCAUCUGUGGCAGGCGUUUUAUUUAGAAUGUGCUUUGUCUGGCUCUCUCUAACUUUGCAAUGCCUUAAAUUCAGAUUAUAGUCAGCAUUCCUAGGGCAGUGUUUGGAAGGAGCGCGACGCUCUGCCGGCUCCCUUCUCCAGCCGGGUGCAGCUGGAAACGUGGAUUCGAGCAGAGCUCCUGCCUUGUGGUGAUGGUGUCGAUUUCGGCUGGGAGCUCUCCAAAGAAAGGAGGCGGUUUUACGAAAAUCAUUUCAAGACGUUAUGUGCUUUGUAGAUACUCUUAUUUAUUAUUUUACUCUGAUUGGGUUAUUGUUAGGAGAAUUUUAGCCAUAGUCUAUUAUUGUAACUGUCAUGAACACAUCAAAAGGAUAGAGACGUUAGACUAUCCAAAGAGCCUUAUUCUGUAUAUCUCACAACCCUGACCUUCUUUCAGAGUUUAUGGGUAAUACUUUUUAUUUUCCCUCGCUUUUCCCGCUUGAGUUAAGGGCAAGUGGGUGAUACUUCGUGUGACAUUCUUCACGUUGGCAGAAGAUGAUUCCUUUCCUCGUUUAUAAAAUUGGCCUCUGGAGCGAACAGUCUGAAAAGUGAAAGAAUUAUUUUCGUAAAAGAUUUUGCUUUACUUUGUGAAGUAUUAUUUUUUUAAAGAGUGUUUUACCCCAGUGAUUGCAAAUGCUUUCCUAUUUAAAUCGCAUUGUCAUGAAGUCAGAACCUGCAACAGAUGAAUGAAAUUUUACUCUUUCUGUGAAAGAAAAUCCAGAGGUGUUGCCUUCAUUGUAGCUGGUGGGCUCUGUUAGCAAGGGGAGCCUUUACAGAACUGUCCGCCUGUGUCGUCGACCACAGACUUGCCUAGAAUUGGAACGUGCAUGUGCAGAUUCCCUUUUGGAGGCAUUAAAAAUAAUUAAAAAUAGUUCUGCCUUAA